AUGAUAAAUCAUACAUUUGCGUCCUCCGUUGCAGGAUAUUUGUCAAUUGUAUGCUGGCUUAUUGUAUUUACACCACAAUUGUGGGAAAACUAUCGACGCAAAAGUGGAGAUGGCCUUUCCAUGACAUUUCUAGUGGUCUGGCUAGCUGGCGAUGUGUUUAAUCUGCUCGGUGUCAUUAUGCAGGAUUUGCUUGUAACCAUGUUUGUUCUUGCUUUAUACUACACAGUAGCUGACAUGGGAUUGAUUUGGCAAGUCAUUUACUAUCGACAACAAAGCAAGCGAGUGUAUCAGCAUCAAGAGGAGGACAUUCCAGCGCUGAUAGAUGAAUCAAGCUCCUUACUGAACACAGCGACAACUUCAUACACCAACAACACCGUCAUCUCUUCAUCAAACUCUUCUUUUAUUACCAUCACUGAUACCAAAAAGAAACAAACUAGUGGCACUAAAUUGUUCAAUUUAAUUUCAGCAAUAUCGAUUGUUUUAGUAACAGUAGUAUCUUGUUACACAUAUUACAAUGCUCAUUGGAAACAUCAGCAUGGUGGCGAUGAUGAUGGUCAGAGCGACCGUUUGGAGUUUCUUCCUCAGCUGAUGGGUUGGUCAAGUGCAUUGUUAUACGUUGGAAGCCGCAUACCUCAGAUAUUGAAAAACUGGAGAAACAAGAGCACAGAAGGUUUGAGUUUUGGAAUGUUUACUUGUGCUGUCAUGGGAAACGUUUUCUUUACCAUGGUAAAUAUAGCCAACAUUUCAGACGAGUUUUACAUGCGAGUUUAA